GUCCGUUGUCGCGUAAUCGUAACACUCUGAGUUUUUGCGUUUGCUCGCCACACCGCUCUUACUAUACGAACAACAAGAAGAAAUCACUACCAAAAACGAACGAAAAAAAAAAUUGACAAAUCAAAUUAUUCGUGGUGUGUUCGAACUAAACCGAAAAAAUAUUGUGCUAUUUUUUUGAUCAACCAAUUUUAAUUUGUCUUCUGUUUCAUUUAUUUAUUUUUGAGUUUUGAGAUUCAGUGGAAUUUCUUGUACAAAAAAAAAAGAGACAAGCGACGACUCUUGAAAUUGAGAACAUAGUGAACAUUGCGCAAAGCGAAGAAAAAAGAAAGAAAAUCAAAUGAAACGAAAAAAUUUGAUGUAAAAUGAUGAAUUAUAAUGAAAAUAGUGCAGAUGAAAUAUUUGAUGUGACACAAUUCAAAAACCCGAAGAGAAAAAUAAUUACGUACUAUUAUUAAUUUUGGUGAAGCAGCAGCAACAACAGCGACCGAAAAAUUAUAUUACACAACUGUAAAACGACAGAAAAAAAAACAAUCGAACAUUAUGACGAUAUAAUUUUUUGCGGUGUUUAACUGUCUUAUUGGGUGCGCUCGGUGCUUCUUCUACUUUUAUCAACAUCGCAGAGAAAAAAUCACAAAAACUUGAUACACAAACCAGAGAAACAUGCAUGCGGUUGCCAAAGCAAAACGAACAAAGAUGAAGUAGAUCGUUAUUAAAACAUUGUCAAAAUAGAUUUAUCGAAUUAAAACGCGAUUCAUUUCACAAGGCGAAAAUUUAUUUAUUUGAUUCGUGUCCAUUUGUUUUUUUUUCGCUCAUUUCUUUGCCUUAUGUUUUUUUUUCUUCUGUCGCGUAAUAACCGAAAGAAAAAGAGUGUUCUUGAAAGAAAUUCGUGUAAAUAACUUGAAAAUUUCGUAAAACAAAAACUGUUUAUAAGGUCCAACUGAUGUGCAAUAAAAUUCCUAAAUAAGCUUAGAUGAUUUAAAAAAAAACAAGCGAAGAAAAAAUUGUAAUUUCUAACGAAAAACACAAAUCGUCGCUCAUCACUCACCGAAUACUGAAUUGAUGUUCGGCGUAAAAAUUUAAGAGUUGAUCAUUUCAACUGAGAGUAAACAACAAGUGAAACUUUUUUUGUAAGUGGCAAAUAAAAAUGAUCCAAUUUGAAACGGUCAAAUAUGGAAUAUUGAAAAAAACCACGGAUAAUCAAAAAAUGUCAAAAGGUGACAGCACCAGUUCCUGUUCUGAGGAAGAUGUUCUACUGCCUGAAACAAAUACAUUGACUGAUGAGCCGUGUGUAAAUAUGUCAAAAACAGAGCUUAUUGAAAGUGAAACGACAUGCCAUGCGGCGGUCCAUGCUGAUAAAAUGAAAUUAGAUAAAGAGUGUCCAUCAGACAGUGAAAUGGACGACACACAUCACAGUUCCGAUGAAACCAUCGAGAACACAACGAAUGGUUUGACAUCGUGUAACGAUGACGAUGAUGUUACGAAAAUCUCCAAACACAAUGAAGAUGCUGCAAACAAUAAUAGUAAUGAACAACAUGAUACGGCCACCGAAGAUGAUGAGGCCAACGAUAAAUUGGACAACAAAACCGAGCAAUCGCUUGAUAAUGGUUUCGGUGCGACCGGUGCUGGUAGUUACUUCUCCAUGGAAGCCAUUCAGAAGAUGGCACAAUUAGUAUCGGCUGCAAUGACCAACAACAGUGAUAACGAAGAUGCACAAAAGCAAUUGACGCUGUUGCAAUCGACACUGUUCACGCUGCAGCAUCAGCAAUUGUUUCAAAUGCAAUUGAUUCAACAGCUACAAUCGCAGCUAUCGUUAACACAAUCGGGCAAAACCGAUGUGGACGAUGACGAUGACGAAAUGGACCAGAUGGAGCACGGUGACGAUGAACGCGAAGAAGGUGAACUGUCCGAAGAGCAAAUGGCCGAGGAACAGCGUAAAUAUGAAGAAGAACAGAAAGCAAUUGAAAUUGAAAAGGAAAAAUUACGCUUGAAACAACAGCAAAAAUUAGAAAAAGAAAAAACCAAUGACAAGUCGUCGAGUAAAGAAUACGAUGCAUCGAAGCCACUCGAUCCAAAUGACAGUAAAUCAAAUGAUGCGCUUGCCGCAAUGGAAGCAUCAUUUAGCUCACAAUUCUCAUCAAAUAUCAUCACAAAUCACGAUGAACCAUCGUCACUCGACGGUCUAAAUUCGUUGGAAAUGCUUCAAAAGCGUACGGAAGAAGUGUUGGAUUCAGCGUCAAAGGGUAUUCUAUCCGGCGGUUUAACCGACGAAAUGGCAUUUAAGAACGAUGGCAAAGGACGAAACGAACCAUUUUUCAAGCAUCGAUGCCGAUACUGUGGCAAAGUGUUUGGUUCCGAUUCAGCAUUACAAAUUCACAUUCGAUCUCAUACGGGCGAACGGCCGUUCCGAUGUAAUGUGUGCGGCAGCCGAUUCACAACCAAAGGCAAUCUAAAGGUACAUUUCCAACGGCACACACAAAAAUUUCCACACAUUCCCAUGAAUCCAAAUCCGAUACCGGAACAUUUAGACAAAUUCUAUCCACCGUUGUUGCCCCCAAUCCCACCGGGUCAACAAGCACCGUUAUCACCGCCAGCAGCAUCAGCGGCGGCGGCGGCGGCAGCAAACUCAGCCAGUUCUGUUCCAAUAUCUCCAUUGAAUUUACCGAAUUUACCAUUUCCUCCGAUACCUGGUUUACCGAGCAAUUUACAAGGUUUGCAAUCGCUACAAGGCUUACAUAGUUUGCCAUUUUUACGACCUCCAUUCGAUUUACUCAAACAAAUGGGCGCCCAUCCAUUUUUCGGUGCAAUGCGCGACGCUGUACAACAGCAACAGCAAAAAGAGCGUGAACAACUGGAACAAGACGCACCGGCCGAUUUGAGUAAAGCAACCGAUUUAUCGAAAUCCCAAAUCAAAGAAGAGCCCAAAGAUGAUGAACGCGAUGAUGAUGAUGGUGAACGUUCACCAGUCGAUGAAGUGUGUGAAAAGUCAAAACGAAGUCGAGACUCAAAUUCACCGCCAGUCGACCGAAAACGAAGUGAACCGAUUGAAAAGCGUCGUAGCUUAUCACCUCUGCCACCGCAUCGUCGGUCGUCUUGGAAAGAUGAUAACAAAAGCGACGGAAUGUCACCGACACCAAGUAUGGACAACUAUUCACCAAAGGCCGAUCAACCCGAAAAUCUGUCGUCUCGCAUCUCAUCGAAACACCAUUCGCCAAGCAGUAUCGGAUCGGCCGCCCGCGAUAAUCAUUUCCAUGAGAAUCAAAGCGAUUUGAAAAUGUUUCCAACACUUUUGCCUCGGCCGGGCAGCAACGACAACUCAUGGGAGAGUUUCAUUGAAGUGGAUCGGUCGUCGGAAACAUCAAAAUUGCAACAAUUUGUUGAUAACAUUGAAAGUAAAAUCACCGAACCAAAUGAGUGUGGCGUUUGCCACAAAGUGCUGUCGUGUCACAGUGCGCUCAUCAUGCAUUAUCGCACACAUACGGGCAUAAGACCGUUCAAAUGUUUGAUUUGUGGCCGCAAAUUCACGACAAAAGGCAAUUUAAAAACACAUAUGAGUGUGCAUCGCAUGAAACCACCAACACGUACCAUUCAUCAAUGCCCCGUUUGCCACAAAAAAUAUUCAAAUUCAUUGGUGCUACAGCAACAUAUCCGUUUGCAUACAGGCGAACCAACCGAUCUGACGCUCGAACAAAUUAGCGCCGCGGAAAUCACUCAAAUUUCACCAUCAUCUGGUACGGCCGCUUUUCCCAUGGGCUUGAACCCGUUCGCAUUCCCAAUUCCAGGACUGCAUCCGGGCAUGAGCGCCGAAUCAUCGAACGGAGACAACGAUGAAAUGAUGGACGAGGACUUCGAUGAGGAAAGCAACUAUGAAGAAGUAUCAAAUACUGGUUCGAUUUCAGGUGAUUCAAAUCAAAACAUAUCACGACUUAAUAGUAGCGAAGAAUUACGUGAAUUACGUGAGCUGCGCGAGUUACGCGAAUUGCGCGAGUCACGUGCUCUGCAUCGUGCCGAUCACAAUAAAUCGAUUGAGAAUCUAUCACGUGCACCAUCGGCCACCAGCCAUGCCGAUAGUGUUGACGAAAAACGUAGCUCAAGUCCACGCACACCACAACCAUUGUCACCCUCUCCAUCCGAUAUGUCACAAGGUGCACUCGAUUUAACACCACGUUCCGAACCAAAAUCAACUAAUGGCCAACAUCCAUUGCCAACAUCGGCGGCUGCGGCCGCUGCUGCUGCCGUGGCUGGCCUAAAUGCGUUCCCCAGCUUCCCAUUCAUGCAUCACAACGCUAUCAAUACCACCACACCGAUGAUGAGCGGUGCACUCAACUCACUCGCACAAUCCGUUGCACCGAUGGGACCAUUCAAUCCGAUGGCUUUGGCAGGUGUUCGCGGUAAUACCACAUGCAAAAUUUGCUUCAAAACAUUCGCCUGUCAAUCAGCGCUGGAAAUUCAUUAUCGCAGCCACACCAAGGAACGUCCCUUCAAAUGCUCCAUUUGUGAUAAGGCAUUUACAACAAAGAAUGAAGAGCUCAUCCAUACAUCCCUCCAUUUCCAAAUAUAUGGAAAUAUGAAGCAGCAUAUGAUGACCCAUAAACUGCGGGAUGUGCCACAGCACAUGUUUUCAAACAGUAAAGUGGAACAAUCGAGAAAUAUUUCACCGGAUAGUGCAAAAAAUACACCAUCAUUGCGUGUUCGAACCGAAUCCGAACUGAAUCCACGUUCAUCGGCCAGCGCAGCCACUGCGGCUGCAGCAGCAGCCGUGGCUGAACAACGUGAACGCUCAUUUCAAUCGCAUGUGGAUAGCAACUAUCAAUUGAUGCUGGAACGUCAACAUCAUUUGGAGCAAAUGCAACGACAACAUCAAUUACAAUCACGUCACAGCCCCUUGCAUCUUUCACGGCAAUCAUUGAGCGCCCUGUCUCCACCACAACAUAUCAAAAGUGAACUCACCUCUCGCCAAAAACCCACUGAUGAUGCCGAUCAACCCGCAGCCAAACGACAAUUGCUAUCCGAUUCGCAAGACAUCCCAACCAGCUUGAAAGAAGCCUAUCAAAUGCCACCAAUGCAUGAGUCGGAGAAGACGGCAUCGCAUUUGGAGCGAUUGCAACAAUUUCACACCUCAUCACUACUCAAUCAACCAAUCAAAUUGGAUCCAUCGUCGCAUAUAAAAUCGUCAGCCACCUCGCCCAGCUCAAAUGAUGCCGAUCAAAAGCACUUUUGUCAUUUGUGCCAGAAGAACUUCAGUUCAACAUCAUCGCUGCAAAUUCAUAUGCGCACUCACACCGGUGAACGGCCAUUCGUUUGCUCAGUGUGCCAGAAAGCAUUCACCACCAAGGGUAAUUUGAAGGUUCAUAUGGGUAUCCACACUUGGAGUGGUGCAUCGCGUCGUGGUCGUCGCAUGUCAUUGGAAUUGCCAUUCAACGGUUCGAUGCCGUUAAUGUUGCAAAAUCCCGACUUUUUACAGCGUCAUUCGGAUUUUUUCCAUCCAUAUCCGCCGCACUUGCUCAGUCGCAUGUCAUUGGAGCAUCAACAGCAACAGCAAAAGCUCGAUCGUGAAGCAAUGAAUUUAGCUAGCAAAUAUAUGAAUUCAAAUGGAUUGUCACGUGGUCAUCGUGAUGAGCGUCGUGAAUACUCGAAUCCACCGUCACCGGCCGACAGUGACAAACAGCAAAUUUCACCAAAUAGUUUACGUGACGAACGUUACACCGAUUCACCAAAACAUCGCAACGGUGACCGCGAUCAUUCGCCAUCGCCACGCAUGUGGAAGUUACACUAUGAAAGCAAAGCCGUUAAUCGUGAUUCUAAAUCAAAAGGUGACGAUCAAAAUAAACCUGUCGAAGAAUUGACCGCAUAAAAUCAAAACAAAACUGAAGAAAAAUUAGCAAAGCGAAUCAACCAAAAUUCCCUGCACGCAAUGAUAUAGGUGACGGUGAGCCACUGUAAAACACACAUUUAUUAUGUAAAAUAGACGUUUUAUCAAUGAAAUCAACACUCACUGAGUUCCAUCACAUGGAAUGAUACGUGUGACGGCAUAUUUUUACACGGAACUUCAUUCACAGUGCGCCGAGCACUUGCUAUAUAUAGAGCAAAUGUAUCCGAAUAUUCGAAACCACAUGUUAUUACAUGUAGCUAGUGCUCGGCGCACUGGAAACGAAGUUCCGUGUAAAAAUAUGCCGUCGCACGUAUCAUUCCAUGUGAUGAAACUCAGAGAGCACAGAAAAAAAAACAAAACAAAAGAUUAGAGAUACAUCGGUAGAAAUACUGCACCUGUACUUAAUUGCUUUACACAUGUCAUUUUCAAAACGUUGAAACGUUGGUGCGUACGUGUGUGUGUGUGAACAAACGUUUCAAAGAAGAGGAGGAAAGAUAGAGAGAGAUAGAUUCAGGGUGAGAGUGAGCGUUUUAAAGAAAAAACUAGUCAUAACUGUGAUUAAAUAACCAACAAAACGUAUGUAAAUUUUAAAAAUUGAAAUAAUUGUGAACACACAGAAUAGUUACAAAAAAAAAACUAAGGAAGCCGUGCCCGACUUUGCGUCAGAUAUUUUCGAUCAAUGUUGCUUCUGCGUUGCUUCGGCCACUCGAACUGACAUUUCAUUUGAAUGGACACUCAUAUUUUUAAGAAAAAUGAUCUGAACCAACAAUGGAAAUAACCGUUUUUAAAAUUCACUUUUAGCGAUAUUCGGCUAGAAUCUUAACCAGUUUCGAGAAUCCUGAAAAUGAAAACGAAACUGAAUUCAGGCAGAAAAAUUUAUCACAUUUUCAAAGCUGCUAAUGCAUUAGUUUGAAUUUUCUGACAAAUGAAAUUUGAACACUUCCAUUUAGUGAGACAUGAAGUCCUCUUUGAAAUUGAAUUUGAAACCCUUUUGAAUCAAAAAUCUGGCAAUGAAUGAUUUUUUAGCUAAAUCGCUGAAGGAAAACUAUGGUCGAUAGUCUAUCGAACAUUUAGAGUUUAUUUGUAAUAGAUUAAAAAUGGCAACUUAAAGUACACUAUGUAAAUCGUCUUUAGUUUUAGAUGAUAUUAGCCGUAAUGUUUAACAACAAAAUGAAGCGCAAGUAAAUGCGCAUCCAAAAUAUCACACACAAACACAAUCACCUAAACACACACACACACACACACACGAACAAUUGAUAUAAUCUUAAUCGAAUUGUAAUUUAUCUACAAGAAAUCAUUAAAAAAAAAAUAACUAAACCUAUGGAAUUAUGAAGAGUUUUAGCGAAUAGUUGGUCAAAAUUACAUUUAUAAAGCACACUUUUCCUCAACGAGUUGGUUGUGCAGAAAAGUGAAACUUACUUAAUUUUACCCCAAUUCUAUUGUACACACUUAUAUAUGAUAAUAUGAGAAUAGUUCGAAAUUAAAUCGAUAAAAAAAACACAUGAGAAUAGCUAUCCUCACUAAAUCUUGCAACAACAACAAAAACACCCACACAUUUUACUUGUAAAGGAAUAAAAAGAAGCAUAUUCAAUGCAUAAGUUGAUAAGAAUAGGAAAAGCCGCUAAAGAUUAUUUUCUAGGAGAUGGUAGGAUAUAAUAGAAUCCUUACUGGAAUAUAUAGAAUAAACACACAACACACAAAUUUGAUUUAAACAAAAUAUCUCUCGUAAUUUAAAUAUAUUCACCAUCACACAUAAAAAACAAAAAAACACAUACACAUUAAAAUCUUAAGCAAAUUCAUUCGUGCGACAUAUUCAAAAAAGAAACAAAAAACACACACAUGAAAAAAGAAACAAAAAAAAAACAAAUAAAAUCAAAUGAA